AUGAAAGCAGUCCAAACAGCAUCUACGGCACUGCGUAUUAUCCGCGCUCAGCCCAUCACCACGGCUGCCCGCUUUUCAUCGAGCGAGGCCGGCCCAUCUUCACCCUCCACACCCAAACCUACCCCCCGUCGUCUCCCCCGACCUAUUCUCCGUAACCUCGUCGAGCUGCACCACCACUCUGCGAGCUUCCUCCAGGACCCCUCUUCCAUCCCCUCCGGCUUCAAAACGGCCUUCAACGCCCUCCACACCCCCAAAUUCACAUCCUACAACGAGUUCGCCUCGAACGCACGCAACCUGCAGUCUCGGCGGCCUCUCGGCGGAUUGGAGAAUUUCAAGACCAUGCGGAAUGGGGGAACAGGCGCGGUGGUCGAUAUGAAGGAGCCCAGACCGGAGGAGGCACGGCUGUCGCGAAGUGCAUGGACGGGGGAACGGAGCUGGAGUGAAGAGGGAGGGGGAAUGUUGACGGAGAGGGAGACGAGGGUACAGGAGGCGUUGUACGGGACGUGGACGAGGGAUGCCAAGGGGAGGGCGAGUACGAUAGAGGUGGGGCUAGACGGGGUGGAAGAGUAUAUGGAGACGAGGGGGGAGACGGUGAACAAGGGAGCAGAUGUGUGGGAGGGGAGACAUAAUGAGGCAUAG